AUGGCCCACUACCCGCAAAGCGACUACGUCUUCAAAGUGGUGAUGGUGGGCGAUCACCACGUGGGCAAGUCGUGCCUAGCGCACCGCUUCGCCGCGGGCGCCUUCCUCGAGGGCAACGUGAGCACGGUGGGCGCGGCGUUCUCCUCGCGCAUCCUGGAGAUCGAGGGCAAAGUUGUGAAGGUGCAGAUCUGGGACACGGCCGGCCAGGAGCAGUUCCGCGCGAUGGUGCCGCUGUACUACCGCAUGGCCAACGGCGUGGUGGUGGUGUACGACACCACGGACGCGAGCUCCUUCCGCAGCGUCCGCGACUGGGUGAAAGACAGUUACCGCUACGCCCAAGAGGGCGUGGAGCUGGUGGUGCUGGGCAACAAGUGCGACUGCGCGGACGACCGCCAGGUGAAGUACCUCGAGGGCGAGAGGCUCGCGCAAUCCGCGGGCCUGCCCUUCUACGAGACGUCAGCCAAGGAGGGCACCAACGUCACCUGCGCCUUCGUCGACCUCAUCUCCGCCAUCAAGCACCGCGCAGACCUCAUCGAGAACGAACUGCGCCCCUUCGCAGAGAACGCGGACGAAGUGAAGUUUUUCGCAGACGCCGUGCGCCCGUGUUGUUGA